UUGUUUGUUUUUUUAUCCUUAAGGUCAAAUGUUCAAUUUAGAUGAUCAGUGACAGUUGACUAGUCAUUAUUAUAUAAGUGCUGUAUAAUAUUGUUGUUCAAACUUCAAGCUAAUUUUAGAUAUUUUAGAUUAUACAUUUCUUCGAUAAUAUGAAAGGACCUUUACAAAAUGUUCAGCCAGAAGCUCCAACAUCAUAUGAAACUACUGUUGAUGCUUCCAUGCUUAAUGAGGACAUUCUCUAUGGAUAUAGACUAUUUAGAAACCUACUAACACAGCAGAAGAAAUACAUACAACAACUGGACGAGCAUGAACAUGAGAAUAAGAAUGAUGAAGAGGAAAUUGCUGAGAAAGUAACGUUUACCACAAUUAAUGAUAAUUUCAAUAAUGGAACUUAUGAGAAUAUUACUGAAGUUGUUACCGAUAUUCGAAUUGUGUUGGAGAACUGCUAUAGACGCAACGGAUUUACCCAUCAAAUUUCAAAGUGUGCCAGAAGUUUAGAGCUUGUUCUUGAACAAAAGCUUGCUUUAUUACCCAGACUGCUGAGAGAAAAGUGCACUUUAUCUGCUUCAAAUGUUCACAGAAAGAAAGAAUAUCUAAACCUGUCUCUUAAUGGCUCCAGACGAAGGUGCCAGCCUCUUUCAGAAUCUUCUGAAACAGCAUUAAUGACGCAGUUGAAAAUGGAAUUUGAAAUUGUGGAAAGAGAGAGACGAAAGCAAGUGGAGUUGGCAAAGCGUUUGGAGUAUGAAAAAUUAAAAGAACAACUCAUUUUUUUUGAAAAAGAAGUUAUAACAUCAUCAAUGUUACAAGAAAUUCGUUUUUGUUGGGAGUUACCAUGUGUUGGAAUUUAUGUUUAUAUGCUGCGAAAGUUCAUGAAUAUCAAUGAUUUUAAUUACACUGAGUUUGAGAUAGCAUCGUUUUUCAUGGAGAAGAGUAUGCUUUUUAGAAAAAUUUUUUCAGCUUUACUUGCCACACCGAGUCAAAGACAAAGAAUGGAAACUAGAAAACCGUUAUCUUUUCAAGGAUGGUUAUACACACUGCAGGCUCUACUUAUAAAGUGGUACAAAACAGCUGAUAAAGAAGGAUAUGAAUAUGCAUCUGAAGUUAAUGGAUUUGAUAAGAGUUUUUUUCAACAACUAGGCAAAGAGAAUCCUGUCACUGAUGAAGCUGCUUUCUUGCAUCUAACAUUGAAACAGAAAAUGUGUAUUCUAAAAGCACUAUGUGAAGCAGCAUUGAAUGACGAUGUUUCGAUGUGUUCCAGCCUGGCAGAUAUACCAAUUCUCCAACGCCAAGAUCUUUAUCUUGGACAAGACUUUGAGAAAACUUCGUACUAUUUCUUUCCCCAGUUUACUGAUACUGACAUUAGAAUAUACAAGAAGUAUCAUCAGUCUAAAUUAAAAAAGAUAAAAGAAAUUCGUUCCACGUCACAUGUUGACGCAGAUUACGAGCUUGUGGCUUGGGACGUCGAUUCUCUGCGUGAACUCUUGACCAGCUUUCAGAAAGUAAAGAAAAGUAAAAAUUCACACCUCUUUGAUUUGGAGCAAACAAUAGAAGCUCUCUAUGAGGAGUUAAAAUUAAGAGCUGAGAGCUUUGCAAAAUUAAAUGAAAAAGGGAAGAUGGCCAUUGUAAAGGAAUAUUACGCAGAACAAGAACAGAUCAAUGAACUUGAUGCUGCAGUUAACCAACCCGUUUUGUCUGCUGCAACGACUUCAAUACUUGAGAAAAGCAACAACCAACGGGGUAUUCUUACUGCUCGUGCAAAAAGAUUAUUGGAAAGAAAUCAAGGUACCCCUCGAUCAGGCUCACCUUCGUUUGUUGACCACUUCAGUGACAGCUCUUGUCAGGAAUAUAUUGUCGAUUCCCCACUCGGGGUGACUCGAGAAUUGCCUCAGUUAAUAAAUGGUUUCAAUUUGUCUCCUGAAUCAAAUAACAUGUCAACCACCGUAGAAAAAGCAGAACAUAGCAUAGCUGAUAUUAAGCAAAGUGUUGAUUUGAGUAAAUUAAGCGGGAGUGGUGCAAACGAGAUAUUGAAUGUUAAUUGCGAGAGAACAGCAUCCGCAGAUGUAGACGUUGCUAUGAGCAUAUCACCUGUAAAAACAGAAGGAGAAAAAACUUUCAGCUUGUUCACAGCUGUGAAGACAUUACCUAACACCCUUAUUCCGUCUAAUAUUUCAUCGAGCGUAACAACUUCAUGUAUGACAAGUGAACUACAAAACACUUGUAGUGUUUUUUCGAGUAAAAACCCAGAAGAAGAAAGUAUGAACUCUGGUGGCACUACUAAUAAUUCAUUUGGUGGCAUACUUCCCGCAUUUCCAUCCUGACACAAUGGGUGUCAAAAUUAUUUUUAUCUUUUAAGUGCUAUUGAAGAGGAGUAACUUAAUUGGUAUGAAUAAGUCUAGAAUAGUUGUUGCUCACAAAGAAUAUCUUUUUACAAAUCUUAACAACUUGUUUUGUGCAAAUCUUUUUGUUAUCGUUUUCUUGUUGCUGUUUUUGUUGUUUUUACGUUAGGGAAAGGGUGGGUUUUAAUCGCAGUUUCUAAGAUAUCUGCGCCAUGUGCUUUUCUUUCGUUUCAGGUAUGUAGUUGUUUUUUUACACCCUGCUUUUGUUAGUAAAAAUGUGGCGUAUUCUUAGUUUGGACCUUUUAUAAAAGUUUAAAUAUUUACAUAAAAUAUAAAUACAGAUACAAGUUUUGCAUAUAAAAAUUUUAACUAUACGUAACAACCUUGAAAUCUUAGUAACGUUGUUAUGAUGUCAGAAUCUGCAAAAAUGUCGUCUGGAAAUUACAUGAGUGCAUUAUAAUGUUUUUUCUGGUUUGAAGGCUAACCUGCCUUAAAAUAGAGGGCAUUUUUACAUCCCUUAGUCAAAAAAUAAAAAAAUUGGGGAAAGCGGAAGGAUGCAUACAAUUUUUCUCACCUACACUGAGUCCCUUUUCAUCACAAAAGCGCGAAAGGGCUGUCGAUGAAACCGUGCUUAAAAGUUUAUUGCAA